AUGCCAGUAGGUGUGAUCCUUGAAGAGGCUGGCACGUAUGUAAAUGCAUCUUUUUAUAUCCCUUGUGAAAAAUUGGCACUACUGCGACUAAGCCUGGGCCUUCCUUUGGCAUGUAGUCAUAUUUUGCUUGAUGCGUGCAACCUGCAAACAUUCGAAUCCAGCGUGGAAUGCAAAAUACGUCAAUGGGGUAGCCGAAUACUGGAAUCGUCAACUUUAACACUCAUUUUUCCUUUGCCAUUAGCCGAACAGCUUGCUAAUCUAGAAGAUGCUAAAACCCUAGAUCAGCUUUUGUAUAUUGACCAAUGCUCUUCCAAUGUCUCUCUCGUAUUGCUUGUGCCAGUUGUAGACAGCGUUGAGUACUGGUUCAAGCUUUGGCGUCUACGCAAACGGUAUCGCUUAAUUUUGGACCUUUCAUUUCCAAUUAGCAAACAUCUUCUCCCACGAUACAAAUGCUUAUCCUAUGAUGCAGUGGUCAUUAACUCUAAUACUAUCACGCAAGGUCUCAACUUGAUCUCCAAGCGGUCGUUGCCUCAAAUAUUACUAUACCAAUCUGAGAUUGAGCAACGACUAAAUUCAACUUUACCCAGAAUACCCCAACCUAAACUCAAAGCUCAUUCUGAUGAGCUUAUUGACCCACUUCAACCACUUACAAAAAAUCUUGAUCUUGAUGUUUAUGAGACGUUUGAACUAGACCAAACAAAGUACUCACAAUACGAUGGGGCCAUUGAAAUGGCUAUUCAAGACUUGCAUCAGAAACGUAGCAAUCUCAAAAUCUUAGUUGUGGGUCCGGGAAGAGGUCCGCUAUUACAAAUGGUAAUGCGAUAUACCAAGAACGACGAUGCAAUCAUUGCCGUGGAAAAAAACGACAAAUGCAUUGACACCUUGAAAGAGAAAAUACGCAACACGCCCCGAGUAACGUUAGUCCAUGGUGAUAUCCGCAACUUAACAAAUGAGACAUAUGAUCUAGUUGUUUCUGAGUUACUAGGUUCUUUUGGAUGUAACGAGGCUUGCCCAGAAAUUCUCCAGCACCUCCAUUCCACUAUAAUGAUUCCUGAAAUGUACAGAAGUUAUCUUCAGGCGGCAUACUGCGAUAUCGUCGAUAACUUCGAGUGCAAACGACCUUAUAUUGCGCACUUUAAUAGUCUAUUUGUUGUCGGAGAUCCAGUCCCCACAUUCGAGUUUUCACAUCCAAAUGAAAAUCAGCUAGAACAGAAGAUAUCUUUGCAAAUUCUGCUGUCGUGCUUGAAUCCCACUAAUGUACUAAUGGGCUAUUUUGAGGCGCAUCUAUAUGGUCCAUUCCGAAUUGGAAUCACCCCUGAUUUGUACAAGCACGAGUACUGCUCCUCUUGGUAUCCCAUGGUGUUCCCGGUUGGUUUGGUUCAAGCUAGCACCAAUGUAUUGUUCUCCAGGAAAAGUACCAGGAAUGCUGUUUGGUACGAAUGGAGUGUGGAUGGCGAAAGUUACAACCGGGAUGGAAAGGAAUAUGUCAUCAGCCUUUAA